UGGUCCAGCCUCGGAACCGGGGAGCCCUUCUGCCGGAAAGUUUGGGGCUGGGCGCCAUGGCCACGAGCAGCUCUCUGAACGUCCGCGUGGUGGAGGGCCGGGCGCUGCCCGCCAAGGACGUGUCUGGGAGCAGUGACCCCUACUGCCUGGUGAAGGUGGACGAUGAGGUGGUGGCCAGGACAGCGACCGUCUGGAGGAGCCUGAGCCCCUUCUGGGGGGAGGAGUACACGGUGCACCUGCCCCUGGACUUCCACCACGUGGCCUUCUACGUGCUGGACGAGGACACCGUGGGGCACGACGACGUCAUCGGCAAGAUCUGGCUGAGCCGGGAGGCCAUCACGGCCGACCCCCGAGGGAUCGACAGCUGGAUCAACCUGAGCCGCGUGGACCCAGACGCAGAGGUGCAGGGUGAGAUCCGCCUGUCGGUGCAGGUGCUGGAGGAUGGGCAGGGCCGUUACCUUCGCUGCCACGUGCUCCAGGCUAGGGACCUGGCCCCCCGAGACAUCUCCGGCACAUCGGACCCAUUUGCACGUGUGUUCUGGGGCAGCCAGAGCCUGGAGACUUCCACCAUCAAGAAGACGCGCUUCCCGCACUGGGACGAGGUGCUGGAGCUGAGGGAGAUGCCAGGGGCCCCGUCCCCACUGCGGGUGGAGCUCUGGGACUGGGACAUGGUGGGCAAGAACGACUUCUUGGGCAUGGUGGAAUUCUCCCCGAGGACCCUGCAGCAGAAGCCACCCAACGGCUGGUUCCGCCUCCUGCCCUUUCCCAGAGCUGAGGAGGAUUCUGGGGGGAGCCUGGGUGCCCUGCGGCUGAAGGUGCGCCUGGUGGAGGACCGUGUCCUGCCCUCCCGGUGCUACCAGCCUCUCGCAGAGCUGCUCGUGGAGUCCGUGCUGGGCCUGGCAGAGGAGGACACUGCUAGCCCCCUGGCUGUGCUGGAGGAGCUGACCUUGGGGGACUGCCGCCAGGACCUGGCCACCAAGCUGGUGAAGCUCUUUCUCGGCCGGGGCCUGGCUGGGCCCUUUCUGGACUACCUCACCCGGCGUGAGGUGGCUCGGACCACUGACCCCAACACUCUCUUCCGCUCGAACUCCCUGGCAUCCAAAUCGAUGGAGCAGUUUAUGAAGCUCGUGGGCAUGCCCUACCUGCACGAGGUUCUGAAACCCGUGGUCAGCCGCGUCUUUGAGGAGAAGAAGUACAUAGAGCUGGACCCCAGUAAGAUGGACCUGGGCCGCGCCAGCUGGGAAGUGGAUGUGGGCCCUGCUGACGUGCUGCUCCCCCCGCAGGACGUGAAGUACUUGGCCAUCAGCGGCUUCCUGUUCCUGCGAUUCUUCGCGCCUGCCAUCCUCACCCCGAAGCUGUUCGACCUUCGGGACCAGCACGCCGACCCUCAGACCGGCCGCUCCCUGCUGCUGCUUGCCAAGGCCGUGCAGAGCAUCGGGAACCUGGGCCAGCAGCUGGGCCAGGGCAAGGAGCUGUGGAUGGCACCCCUGCACCCCUUCCUGCUGCAAAGCAUCUCGCGCGUGAGAGACUUCCUGGACCGGCUGGUGGAUGUGGGUGGGGACGAGGGCCCGCGCUCACUCGCGACUGCCCCCUCGGAAGUCCAUGCCCAGGCGGACAGGCACGCCCACGCAGGCGUUCCUUGGUUCACUCACCCACCCACGCACUCAGCAAACGCUUAUGGAGUGCCCGUGGCGUGGCGAGCCACGCUCCCGGCACCGGAGAUCGGCAGGGGACUCCUGUUCCCGCGGGGCCGGCGUUCACGGCACACACGAGGCGCGCUGGGGCCCGUGCGUUUCCACGCGCACGCCCCUGCCGGCUGCAGCCGGACACACUCGGCCGUCACGCUGGGGGACUGGAGUGACCCGCUGGAUCCCGACGCUGAGGUCCAGAUGGUGUAUCGGCAGCUACUCCUGGGGCGGGACCAGCUCAGGAUGAAGUUUCUGGAGGAUUCCACCACAGAUCCAAGUCUAGAGGCAGAUGCAGAGCAGGGGGCCUGUCCCGACGUCCUGGCCCAGCAGAGAGCAGCAGCCACCCGCCUGCUGGAGGUGCUUGCAGACCUGGACCGAGCCCACGAGCAGUUCCAGCAGGAGCCAGGGAGGGCAGCCCCGGGCCCACUCGGGCCCUGAGGAAACGCCGGAGCCAGCCUGGAAGGGGUACGAGGAGCCGGAGUCUGCCUCUUUGAUGCUGAGUUUGGAGGCUCCCAGAGACCUGCCCAGUCUGUGCACCCCGAGUCCAAAACUCAUGGCCCCAGUGCCCUUUGGCAAGGGCCAGCAUCGCAUGGCGGCGCGACUCAUACCCCCUGGGUUGAUCAGACUGGACGAUGGGCUAAGAAGCCCGACUUCCUUGCUUCAGUCUGGGGUCUCCCUUCACUGCCUAGCCUCUACAACGCUGAGGACGCCAGCCUGGCCUUGAGCUGCUGGUUGCAGCUGUACCUAAAUGCCUGAUGCCCACGUGGCCUGGCCGCCCCAGACUCUGAAGGGGGUUGGCCCUUCCUGGUUUCAUGUCUGUGAAUCCCUGACCUCUCAGAUCCUUCUGUAUCCUGCUCUUGGCCUGGGGCCCAACCAGAAGCUUCCAGAAUCAGGGACCCUCAGGAAGAACUGAGGCGGGGAGCCCUGUGUGCCAGAGUCACACCUUUGGAGUCUGGAGACCUUGGACCAGACUUUCAGCCCCUCUUUGAGCCUCAGCUUACCCUGUAUAAAAUGAGAGAGUGAGUCUA